UGACACCUAACCUCACUCGCUUACUUAACCUCAAAUUUACAUGUGUUUACAAAUCUGAAAAUGAGUGACAGCGAUAAUUACGACUAUGAAGAUGAUAUCGACGACUCCAAGCACGAGAAAAUCGUGGAGGACGUUCUGAACCUCAACAAAAUACAGAAUUUGAAGAAACCGUCGCGUACAGAACCUACGUUAAAAAUAUCAGAGUUUGAUUUGGUGAAAUCAGUCACUGGGAAUAAAGGUGCGGUGCAUAUAAAUGAAUUAACGAAGGUUUUAAAGAAUAGGAAGCUUGCGGAAAUUGGUAAAAAUGUUACGCGUACAAGUAAAAAAGCGACAACGCUACCAAAACCUUUGGAAAAACCUCAGGCAGAUAAGAUACGUAGAACUGUUGCAUAUGAGAAAAAUAGGUUGGAGUUUGAUAGAUGGGAGGCUUUUAUAACCUCAAAUAGAGCAGCCUCGCAUAUAUCUUUUCCAUUGGCCGAAACAGAUUCUUUAACGAUUGAAAACAGUGCUGCUAUUCCAAGUAACUGGCGAGUUAAAUCUGACCUGCAGAAAAAGUUGGAGCAAAUCGAGAAAGUCGAGGUGUACAAUGUGGAACCCACGUCUGAAUCAUUCCCGUUAUCAAUGGAAGAGUUGGUUGAAAAACGCAAGGAAUCAGCAAAACUCCGUGCUCAUCAAAGAUACAAAGAAGCGAAAGCUCGCAGGCAGAACAAAAUAAAGAGCAAAAAGUAUCACAGAAUUCAGCGCAGAGAAAAAAUUAAGCAGCAGUUGAAGGAGUUUGAGUUGCUGCAAAAAACGAACCCCGAAGAAGCUUUGAAAAAAUUGGAAGAUAUCGAGAGGGCUCGUGCCGAGGAACGGUUUAGUUUGAGGCACAAAGGGACCGGGCAGUGGGCUAGAAAUAAGCAGAUAAGGGCCAAAUAUGAUAAGGAGAGUCGCCAGGCUUUGGCCCAACAGCUGACAGUGAGCAGAGACCUGACGCAAAAACUGAAAAAAACCGGCGACGAUUCCUCGGAAGACGAGGGCAUCGAAUCGGGGGAAAGUCUUCCGGCAACGACAGGAAGCGACAACCCGUGGGUGAACGGAAUGAAACCGGAAGCGGAAGUCGUGAAUUUCGUCAGCGGGUACCGGAAGUACUGGGACCAGCGGAACAAGAAACUGGAAGAGGAGAACGGAGAUGCCGAUGAUGAAAAGUUCGAAGAAGAUACCGAUGAGAUGAUCAAGGAGUUCAAGAAAGUUAUGGAGAAGAGUAAAGUUAAUAAAAAGAAGAAAAGCAAGAAACUAGAACAGAAAAUUGAAAGUGUCGACGAUGACGAAAAUACCAUGAAAAAUCCAGUUAAUAAAAAAAAGAAAAGCCAAAAAACUGAUGUUAAUAAAAGCUUAAAUAACUCUACCAGUACUUCAGAAUGGGAGGUAAGUUUAAUAGAAAAAGAUGAUAAUAAUGAAGAUACAGAAACUAUAGAAGAUAUAUUUUACAAACUAGAAGAUAAAAUGACGUGCAAAAUGCAAAACAAGUUGAAAAAACUACAGAAAAACAAGAGAGAGAAAAAGAGCACUACAAAAAUCGUCGAAAAAAAGAAGAUAGAUCUUACAAUGAAAUCAAAAUCAAAAAAACACAUAAUAGAUGAACCCCUGAACGAAAAUUCCAAUAGGGAAGAAAAUUCUACAUCUGAAAUAAAGGAAUUAAAGGCAAUAUUAGACAGUGUCAACACAAAAGAAUCAAAAAAUAUAGACCCUGAUAAGUUUAUUCACGCAAAAACAACGAAUUUAGACACGGCCAUUCCAAACUUACUCACAAAUGAAGAUGAGGAGAAUACUAUCAAUCAAAGAGACAUAAUUAUGGAAGCAUUUGAAGAUGACGAUAUUGUGGAAGAUUUUAACAAGGAAAAAAUCGAAGAAAUCGAAAAAGACAAACCUAAAGAUGUGGAUUUAUCGCUCCCAGGUUGGGGUAACUGGGGGGGCACAGGUAUAGUACCAAGCAAAAGAAAGAAGAAGAGGUUCAUUAUAAAAGCACCAGCAAAAAUGCCCCGAAGAGAUGACAACAAAGGCUCCCUUAUAAUCAACGAAAACACUAAUACUAAAGUUAAAGAACACUUGGUUGCUGAUGUCCCCUUUCCAUUUAGUACUGUCAAGGAUUUUGAGGCAAGUAUCAGAGCCCCAAUCAGCAAUUCUUUCGUCCCCGAGACAGCUUUCAAGAGGUACAUUGAACCUGCCGUUAAAACCAAAAUGGGCACCAUUAUUGAACCUGUUACCAAAACUUUAUUGAUGGGGGUUCCUAAAAGAAAGUUUUAAAGGUUUUUUAUGUAAGAGUUAUAAAAUAAUAAAAUUGUUUAAGAUGG